GUUGAAAAUGUCGUCGAUGUUCUAGGGACACCGUCGCCUUCGAAGAUAUCACAUCAACUAGUACGGGACCACGUACUUGCAGGCGACGACGGUCCUAGAAGAGGUGAAGACCUCAGUACACAAGCACAAGGUGAUCAACAACAACAUCCUAGUAUCCCCGCAUCCUCCCCAUCGGAUUCGAUCUCGGCAGAUGUGCAGUCUUCUGCUGCUCACGUUGAUGCGGAGAGGAUAACUGAGAACGACCAUGAACAGAAUCUGUUAUUGCGGCAAACUGUAGGAGAACGACCACCGGGAGAGGGUUCACAUCAGGCCAAUCCAGCUAGUGGCUUCACAUCCACGCAUGAAAGCGAGACAGAAACCUUUGCUGAGCAAGGUGGAGGGCCGCUUUCAUCUAGGUCCAUAGGAGAACAGGGAGAACAUGCACAAGGUACAGGACGAGCUGUAGUUACAUUUCCUUCUAGUGAAGGGAAAGACAAUACAACUACCGGAGAAGUACAACAAGUACCAGAAAAAGCGGAUAAAGUAGAGGUAGCUGAGACAACGACCACACGACCAGUAGUAGCGUUCACAGUUAAGGCUGUACCUAAUACAUCUUUGGCCGCAUCCUUGAAACGUAUGGAGGAGUAUCCUAGUAAGGGAAUACCCCCCCCCCUACUUUUCAAGGAUGCACUUGAGAGAUGAAUUACGGACAGCUCUAACUACACAGGGCAUAGCUCUCCGCCAACAGGAGCGACUUCCAGCGCAGAUCCAACACGCGGAGGACUGAGCAGUCACCAGACAUCCCCACCAUCGGCCAGACAAUCGGCACGGUUGCGGGGUUCAUUAAGGCUGUGGGAAAUCCAUCAUCUCCAAAUGAGGCAUCUUCUGUGAGAGAGAAGAAAACAAGAAGAAAAGGAGCCACAGGUGUGAUUUUUGUUGGGAUGAAUUUCCUACACCUCUAAGUUCACCUGCUGUCGUGUCCCCUGGUAGUAUCGAUGCAGAUGACGCAGUACUCUCGACGCUGACGGAUUUGAACCGAAGUACAGCGUUAGCGGACGUUCAGGAAGAAAGAGAAAUGAGUAGAGGCGUGAUGUUUGCAGAGAUGAGUAACACCAGAACAGGAGCAGGAGCAUCGAGUUCCUCUAGUGGACGCGGACAUCAGCAUAACUCGUCUAUUGCGCCAAGUCGCGUCCUCAAUUAAGGCUUCCCCUAAUUUAGAUCUUGGCCAGCAUCUUGGAAAGGUUCUUUUCAGAGGGAAAGCGGUCAUCUUGGGAUCCUCUUCAAGAUGGAUUAGGGUGAGCUCUAAAUCAAAAAUGACAACAAGAACUCCAGACUGCAUCUCAUACGUCGAUCCGAAAGUUUUGAUGGCAGUACCCUUUGUACUAAGAACAAUAGCACAAUUGGAGGUCAGCAUGUUGUAGUAGGUAGAAAUAACAGCAAAGACCGCUAUGGAAAUGGAACUACAGUAGACCAAGAAGACCGGGUGGCAACAAAAGGUGCAAGACCAGGAACAACUAUGAAGAAUCUGGACCUACUGCGUGCUGCUUUCGAUGAGUCAACGGAGAUUCAACACAUUAGACCGAUGUCGGCACGAACGAAUGUGAUGAAUAAGGUGUCUAGUAGUGGAAGUCACACCAGCAAUCACAGACCGGGAGAACCGAUUGGAGGGAUGUACCAGAGUCAAUAUUUCUCAGACGAGCUGCGACUAGACGUUGUGAGUCGUGUAAAGUCCCCUGUUGGCGCUGUGGGAGUGCUCGACGAUCGUCCCACGACAGGACAGAGAGACGGACAGGAGGAGGCGAGAGAGGCACGACUUCUAAGCACACUAGCAGAUGGUGGACCACAAGACGACAUUUUUGUAGCAGGUUCGAAGCGGAGCAAGCAAAGUAAAAGUUCGAUGCGUCGGCGUCCACUUCUUGCGCGCGUCGGAGAGGGAGAGCAGGGCGUGCCAGCAGUAUCACCACCGGACCGCUUCUCAAGAGAGUCGGGGAUUAGCACCACUUCUAGACGAUCCAGCUCAGCGGGGGAUAUGAAGACAAUGGCAGUAGAUGACCAUGAAUGGGGAAGAGGAACUUCAGCUUCAGCACAUAUUAUAGUGAAGGAUCAAGCUUUGCAAAUGCAAACGUUGUUAGAAGCGGAGAAAACUGGUGUUCCUCUAUCUUCGUCUUCUAGCGAAACUGUCGUAGACCCGUUGAUCCGAGCUGGUGGCGCGUUGUCGUCUGAAGAAUUAGCGAUUCUCCAGCUGAGGGUGCACAGAUUAGCGCUCCUCAAUCGGCAAUUCGGAGCACCGUAUCAGUACUACGCGUUUCAGAUUUUCUUUACCGUUGACGACACGCAUCCAAUUUCUCCAGUUGCUACGAAGUACCUCAUGUUUCUGUGGCGGAUAUCGCAGAUCUUUCAGGCAGUCUGGCUACUAGACUGGGCUUUGAGUACGUUGCACGCGAAUCCUUUGUGGGCUGAAUGGGCUUUGUCGCUGUGCGUCAGCGGCUGUCGCGCUUUCGGCUUGCUCUGCUACUGGGCAGCAAGGUGGCUGGUUUCCCAAGUGAUGGGCUCGUCUUCGGAGCAACACGGCGACUCAAGCAGUGGUGGCGUAGCGGUGGCGUUCUCUGCUGCAAGCAUUCCGACGGAGGGGAACGAUGAAGCUGCAUUCCCAAAACGAACAAGCAGAAGUCGAGAUGAGAUUGUAGUCACCGAUGGUCGAAAAGAAGGAGGCAUCCGAGAUGACCAUCGAAUGCGACAACUAGACCAACGAGGAUUACUAGAAACAGAUCAGCAGGAUACAAGUGCAGAGGUUCAUCAUAAUGUGGAUCUUCAUGAGGGGUCUUCCACGUUCACAAGAAGCCGUGGCUCAUUGGUACCUGCAGUUAAAAACGCUUUACUGCAAGUUGGUGCCAAUGCCACUGCAGCCGCGCUUUUUACAAACAGCAGGUUGGAUGGAGGGGGACUUAGUCUGCAUCUGAGAACAGAUGGAGAACAACUGUUGCCUUCCAGUACAACUAGGAGCUGGAUAGAAGCGCCUCCACGUCCUCCAAGAACAACUUCAUCUAGGUAUCUGUCAUCAUCAGAAACAGGGA